UUCUCUCAACUCCUCUUGACCGCCAUGUUUGGUGUUUUGUUCAAAUAGCAUAAUUAUUUUGUUUUACACCGAAACGAGUUGAAAGAGUUGUUUACUAUUUGCACGAUUAUAAACCUGAUUAUUCACGAGAAAAAUUAUUUCGUUUUCGUUCUUUUUUUAACCCAGUCUCGAUGAUGUCUUUUGAAGAAGUCCUAAUGGCCACUGACGCAGAAGAAAUUCAAAUUGAAAUGGAAUCGGAUGUAUGUAUACCUAUGUUAGGUGUGCAUAACUAUUUCUUUUGCAAUGUAUGUGGCGAAAAUUUUGAAACAAAGAAUGAAUUAAGGAAGCAUAAGACGACUCAUAAUCCACCGAAGCUGUUUAAAUGCGACAUGUGUAGUAAAGUUUUUUCUAAAAAGUACAAUCUGCAACAGCAUAUGCUUAGUCACACAGGAGAAAGACCGCAUGUAUGUCCAGUGUGUAACAAAGGAUUUACGAGAAAGAAAUAUCUUGUCGAGCAUUACUUAGUCCAUACAGGUGAAGAACCUUUUGUUUGUGGUGAAUGCAAAGAAGGAUACAUGACUGAAGAAGAAUUGAAAGAGCAUCACAUACUACAGCAUACUGAUGAAAAGCCAUAUGCGUGUCCUAAAUGUAACAAACGAUUUGCUGAUGAAGUUCAGUUUAAAGGUCACUUUUUGACCCAUACUGGUGGUAAAGCAUUUGAGUGUGAUAUAUGCCAUAAGUGUUUCAAAAAUAAAACUUUAUUAGCUCGCCACUAUUUAAUUCACACUGGAGAACGACCACAUGUAUGCACGAUGUGUAAUAGAGGAUUUACCAAUAAAUCGACAUUGGAUCGCCAUUAUUUGACUCAUACAGGUGAAAAACCAUACACCUGUGAAUAUUGCAACAAGGGAUUUAUUCAAGAGCAUCAUUUAAAAGAACAUUAUUUUAUCCACACUGGUGAGAAACCACACCGUUGUGAAGAAUGUAAUAGAGGCUUUACAUAUAAAAGUGCUCUGCGUCGACAUUCAUUGCUCCAUACAGGGGAAAAGCCACAUUCCUGUGAAAUUUGUGGCAAGGGUUUCAUUCAAGAGAGUCACUUACGGGAACAUUAUAUAUCCCAUAAUGCUGAAAUGCCUCACAUUUGUGAGAUAUGUGACAAAGGAUUUGCAAAUAAUGCAACAUUACAAAGGCAUUAUUUAACUCAUUCUGGUGAAAAACCCUUUGUCUGUGACAUUUGUAAGAAAGCCUUUUCACAAGAGGGUCAUUUGAAGCAGCAUUAUGUAACCCAUACUGGUGAAAAACCAUUUGCUUGUGAAGUUUGUGGUAAAACAUUCACAUCUAAAAGCUUACUCCGAAGACAUUCUGCUACUCACAAUAAUGAAGUAAUCGAUGAGAAAUAUAUUUGUGAAUCUUGCAGUAAGAUUUUUAAUGAGUUUGAAGCUUUGCAGGAUCAUUACAGUACUUGCAUAAUCGAAAAGCAAUAUGCCUGUGAAAUGUGUGACAAAACCUUUUUUAGUCCAAAUGACCUUGAGCACCAUUUCCUGAGUCAUGGUGAAGUGGGAGCUUUGAUGAGCGCAUAAUGCCUUACUAUUAUAUAAGUAUUAAUUCUUAUGUUGCUAUUUACAUGACUGACACCUAUAUAAUGAAUUUAACUUCACUGCAUUACUUGAAUAAUUAAGUAUAUAGAUGUAUUUUGUUAUGUAGAUAAUCAACAAUUACUAUAUCUUAGAACUGAAAUGUAGCCGAACUUCUGUUGAUAAGUAGUUUGUGAUAAUAAUGUUUUAAAAAGAAUUGGUAAAAGGAUAUGAAAUAAUGAUAAAUUUCAUCAAGAACUACUUUUGUAAAAUAUGAUAAUAUAUUAUUUUUCAUUUGUAGACAAAAGUUCCAUUCUUUACAUGUGUAAUAUAUUUUUCUAAUCUUGACUUCUUACUGUGAUAUUGAUGUCGAGAUCUAGAAAAUUGCUCAGACCUAUUUAAAUUGUUUGUUUUUUUAAGUUGUUAUUCAUGGCAAAUAAUGUAAUCCAUUUCUUAAUUGUGAACAACAUAGCUUGUUAUGACAAUGAAUAAAAUAU